UUGGGUCCCCCGUGUGGGGUCGCUGAGGGUCAUUUUUGCCCCCCCCCCCCCCGGGGUCACCGGGGUCACGCCGGGUCCUCCGGAGGCCUCGGAGCAGACAAGACGAGGCGGGGCGGGGGCGCAGAGCGGCCGGAAGCUUCCGCGUCACGUGACGGCAACCCGGAAGCGGCGGCGCGGCGGGAGCGGGGCCAUGAGCGGCGGGGCCGAGGACGAGACCGGGAGCGGAGCCGGGGCCGAACGGCGGGUCCGCAUCGUCGUGGAGUAUUGCGAGCCCUGUGGGUUCGAGCCCACGUACCAGGAGCUGGCGAGCGCCGUGCGGGAGGAGUACCCGGACAUCGAGAUCGAGUCCCGCCUGGGGGGCACCGGUGCCUUCGAGAUCGAGAUCAACGGGCAGCUCGUCUUCUCCAAGCUGGAGAACGGGGGGUUUCCCUACGAGAAGGAUGUGAGUAUUGCUCUGGGGGUCCCAUCCUGGGGGUCCUGGGGUCGGCAAGGGUGGGCCAGGGGUGGUUUGGUUUGCACUGA